ACAUGUGUGAAAGUUUAAUGGGCUCAGUCUCUCAGAUGAUCAUCUAUAUAUGUAUUUUUUAAAUGGCUUUUAAUUUUGGAAUUAAAAGUCGAAAAACGUUGCAGGGUUCGAAUGGUAUAUAAAUACCACGUGGCGUCAUCGUCAAAGCGAUAACGGUGGGCUCACCUUUUAGAUUGACCGUCAGUCAAGCGCUCGUCAUAUCAAUAUCGCAAACCGUGGCAUACGUGUUCUUCGUUAGAGAGCUGCUCAGAGAGUUCUACGGCAUCAAAAGCAAACGCAGACUAGACGGAGUAAAGAUACAGAUUGCUAUGGCUUCUUAUAUGUUGAUUCUGUUCAUAAUUUCGUUAUCGCGAUUAAACGAUGUCGUUCAAGGCUUCGAUGUUCGGCAACACCUCUCUACCGUUACAAGAUACAACGUGGUAAAAGAUGUUGCUGAUACAAAAUUCGUACCUUCUCUGAUUCCUGAUGAAUGCACUCCAAUACACUUAAACCUUGUGGCAAGGCAUGGUACUCGUGCUCCUACAAAAAAGCGGGUAAGGGAGCUGGACAGAUUGGCUGAUCAUUUGGAGGUACUUGUAAGGGAGGUUCAAGAAAAUUGUUUGUCUCUAGAGAAAGUUCCUGCUUGGUUACGAGGAUGGAAGUCUCCUUGGAGAGGAAAAUUGACGGGUGGAGAAUUGAUUGGCAAAGGAGAAGAUGAAUUGUAUGAUCUUGGAAUCAGGAUUAGGGAAAGAUUUCCUAAUUUGUUCAUUGAUGAUUAUCAUCCAGACAUCUAUACCCUGAGGGCUACUCAGGUUCCCCGGGCAUCUGCUAGUGCAGUAGCAUUUGGCAUGGGCCUGUUUAGUGAGAGAGGAAGUCUAGGACCUGGGCGUCAUCGGGCAUUUGCUGUUACUAGUGAAAGCCGUGCAAGUGAUAUAAAGCUGAGGUUUUAUGAUUGUUGUGACAACUACAAGGAAUUUAGGACAAAUCAGCAGCCUGCUGUUAAUAAGCUCAAGGAACCAACUCUUGAUGAAAUUACUAUUUCAUUGAGAAAGCGAUAUGGACUGAAUUUCACUAGACAGGAUAUUUCUUCUCUCUGGUUUUUAUGUAAACAGGAGGCAUCCUUGUUGGAUAUAACUGAUCAAGCUUGUGGUCUUUUCAGUCCUUCUGAGGUUGCUUUGCUGGAAUGGAUAGAUGACUUAGAGAUGUUUAUAUUGAAGGGUUAUGGUGAGUCAUUAAACUACCAAAUGGGAGUGCCAUUGCUCGCGGAGGUUGUUCAAUCAAUGGAAGAAGCUAUUAUGGCCAAGGAAGGUAUCAUCAAAGUUUUAAAAAAACAUACUCCAGGAAGUUAUGAAAAGGUGAGACUUCGAUUUGCGCAUGGAGAAACUGUAGUUCCAUUCACUUGUUUGCUUGGGCUCUUCCUGGAAAGAUCAGAAUUCCACCAAAUACAACGAGAAGAAACCUUGCAACUCCCUCCAAAGCCUCCCAAGAGUAGAAAUUGGAGGGGCAGUAUUGUGGCACCUUUUGCUGGGAACAACAUGCUGGUUCUGUACAGUUGUCCUGCUAAUUUCUCAAACAACUACUUUGUUCAAGUACUACACAAUGAACAACCCGUUCCAAUGCCUGGCUGUGAUGAUACUGAUUUCUGCCCAUUUGAUGUUUUUAAGGAAAGAAUUGUUGCUCCUCAUAUGAAACACGACUACAAUACCCUAUGCAAUUUAAAGGCAAAAGCAAUUCAGACGAGUGAACCCAGUAAGUUAUCACCCCCACAAUCCAAAAAAGUUGAAUCACUGUAGCCCUUUUUAUUUGAUAGUCUGAGAAAAUAGAUCCCACGCAUGUCUGUUUCGUUGACAUCUAAUUACAGCAGUGAAAAUAAGACAAACUUUGCAUA